CUGCUCUUUAAAGAAACUUCUAGACAUGUGCCAAAAUUUUCUCCAACAUUUCCCGAUUUGGACAUAGGAGAUUCAGAUGAUGAUUACGUGGUCGCAACAGAUGAACGAAAAGAGGAACGAGAAGAGAAGCAUGGGCAAAAGUUAUGUGAAGAAGAAGUGCAGAAAAUGCCAGAUGGGACGGAAGUUCGAGUUAAAAAAACAAGGACGGUGAAUGUUCAACAAAGCAGAAAGCAGGUGACGAUAUCCAGUCGUGGUGCCGGUGGUCCAAGCAUAACUCGACAUUUUCAUGAUGGUAGGAAUGCAAUGAACGAAGAGGAUGAGGAUGAGAAAAGCGAAUUUUUUAAACGUGCUGGUCAAUCGACGAAAACGAAAAGCGUUGAGAGGACAAGCGAAGUUUCACAGUCGAUCAGUGAACGUAAAGAGCGAGAUGGUCGUGUAUUACGGGAAAACGCUGCUCAAAAACUUGACAGCUCUGCACUGAGUGCUCGCCAAACGGAUACUUUCUUAGGCUCCGCUUUGCUCGAUCGAAAAGGAGAGGGUACUUAUGAGGAAACCACCAGCAUGGUGCAUUGUGGACCACUGGCUGUUGGACCGCAACCAGUAAUUCCACCGAGAAAACACGUCGUGGAAUAUAUUCAGACGUUCGGCAACAAGGAAAAUACUGACGUGGAGUUUUUUCGUGGUACAACACUUUCAUCUUACAUUACGCUGAAUGACAACCUACGUUUUCACGAAGAACAAUUUCGAAAGAAGUUACAGUUCGAGUUUUCCUGUGCUGGAUCAUCGAGAGUAACUCCUGACUUCGCCAAUCUCUCCGACUUAUUGCAAGAUGCCGAAUUUGGACCUUUUCAACUACCAAUAAAGUGGGUAGAAGAUGAGAAAGAGGUGCAUAAAAGUAAUAUUCAGCGUUCUCUACUAUUUGCUGUUUUUUUUGUUCGAGGUGGUCCACGAGAUGCAUUGGUUGUGCACGCCACAGAGCAUAACGCGUCAGUACUUUUCCAAGAGGCAUUCCUUGUUACUUAUCGUACAUUCAUUUGUUCUCAUGAUCUCAUUAAUAAAUUAAUCACAAGAUACGUGUAUAUGUCCAUGUCUGGUGAUCGUGCAUCACAGUCUGCUGCUCGUUUGUCAUUUUCCAUAUUAGUCCGAGUAGUAGACGAGUUGACAAGUUACGAGCUAAGUGAAGCACUUGUGCACACUGUAACUUCAUUUGUUUACCGGCUCAUUCACGACGGAAACCUUAUCUAUGCACGGCUUCUGAGGUAUUUUGAAUGUAUUCUACUCAACAAAACUUUUAAAAUUGCUUUCUACUUUUUCUACCUAAAAAUUCUUUCUUUGCUUAGGACAUACACACUGUUCGAUUUUCGAUCGUCGGAUAUUGCUCGUCAAAUGACAUGUAUAGAUGCUCAAUUAUUUCACCUCAUCGAGCCGCCUGAACUUCUUUGGUGGGCACAAGAACAAGACGAGAUGAAAAGUCCGAAUUUGGUCGCGUUUACCGAACAUUUCAAUAACGUAUCAUUCUGGGUGCGAACGUUGGUGAUAACACCAUCUAACAGUAAGGAAAGGGAAAAGUACAUGUUGAAGUUCAUCAAAAUUAUGAAGCAGUUGCGACAACUCGGCAAUUUCAACUCGUACUUGGCACUGUUAUCGGCAUUGGUUUCAAGUCCAUUGGCACGUCUGGAUUGGAGUAAAGCUAUCACAGAUGGGCUAAGGGAACAUGCCGAAGUGAUGGACACCUCUCAUUCGUAUAAAAACUAUCGCCUUCUGCUACAAAUGGCGUCACCGCCCACGGUUCCGUACAUCGGUGUCGUCCUACAGGAUCUCACAUUUGUACACGCCGGUAAUUCCGAUAUGCUGGCAGCCGAGCGGUGUGGCGGUAGACGAGGCUUGGUGAACUUUUUGAAGCGAUGGCAUCAGUACGCAAUCCUGGACAGCAUUCGCAAAAUGAAACGAUGGUGA